AUGCAGUCAUCAGCAUCAACAUCCCAACGCCCGCCGCAGUCGCGGGAACGCCGACAACAGAAUCUCUCGGAUACCAUGCAAUCCCAGGCUCCAGCAAUGAACACUCCGUCGUCUAGUUCGGGGUCCAAGGCGAGGUCGUCUUCUGGCUCAGGGCGCUCUCAACGGAGCACAAAUCCGGACAAACAGAUCUCCCAAAUCGAGAAGAGCGUCACCCAUCUCCUAGUCGCGACCAAGCAGCUGCUUGAAACUUUGACACAAUGGUCGCGUGGACAAGCGCAGGAAGAGGAGGUGUCAGACGUCUACGUCCGACUAGGAUACGAGUUCAAUCUGGCCUGCCGUGCUUUCAAUUCCAUCGGCGUCGAAACUUCUGACCUCGGCCCUGUUCCGGAUCUAUUGCGAAGCAUUCUUGAGGAUACAUUGAGUCAACCUGCCUCUCCACAAGCUCUCGACAACUACCUUCCUCGCAUUCGCGAUAUCAUCAUUAACCUCCUCCAUGGCCUCAAAAGAAAGCAAAGCAGACUCCGUGGACGAACCACCAAAGACACGGCUUCGGCUCCCCAACCGAGACUCCCUGUUGGUCAAGCCAGACAGCCAAGUGCGUCCACCACAGGGAGCAAUGAGACGGGCCAGACACACGCGUUGGACGAUGUACCGAAUACCACUUCAAGUAUACACGCUCAAAUGCCGCAGGACAGCAAGACGGGCUCCGAUCAGCCCUAUGUGCCUGCAAAUGCUUCGGCCGCGCCAGCAAUGAGUCGGCCGUCCGUCAGCCGACAUUCACUCCACCGAGAAGUUGCUCCCCAACCGUCACAGCCUGAAUCCAAUUCCACAAUGUCUUCCGGCGCCGCUCAGGACAUUCCUGCUCUUCCACCCUACCAUGGCAACGAGCAGACCCCAUCGACUCCGCAGAUCAAUUUUCCACACCCGCCGCCGCCGCCGCCCAAGCAGGCCGAUGCCCUCACCAGACUGCAACGUGGGGGUGAUCUAGAGAGGCGAGCUUCCCGGAGAUUUUCGGCAUACCAAAUCCAAAAACAUCUUGGUGCAUCUCCCAACGGUGUACCGGUGAUACCCGCCCAAAAUUCUCCUAUCCCCAACAGGGGAAAAGAAGUUCGCGAAUCUCUGACGGCCGUUCGAUCUCGAAGCUCGUAUCAACAAUCAAGAGCAAAAUCGGGACGACCAGGGGAUAUAUCACCCAGCAGGAGCGGUACCGUUAAAGCGCCGCAACGGAUCUCUGAAGAGAGAGAAGACACUCCAGUCUUAUCGUUGCAGGAAACCCCGCAAAUUCAACCAACGGAAGAACCGGUUCACCUUGAUAGCCCUACGGUGAAAACUCCGGAUGAAUAUCACAAACCUCCACAAGCGGACGCUGGCAGUGCAGACAGGGUUGUGGUGGGAGCUACGGUGAAUGGGCCGCUGAUUCCUGGACCCGAGGAAUUGCAGAACACGGGCUCAGUCGACUCACAGCUGAUUCCACCGCCUCAUGGCCAUAAGCCCUCGGAUGCAGCGGGCACAGAAGCAGAAAGUACUCCGGAUACGGUUCCACGACAACCACGAGAACGCGUCACACCACCUCAGUCGCAAGUGUUGACGGUCGAAUCUUCACCUCCGCAUGGGAAAGAACUGACUUUGUUCCUACAGUACAAGAGCAAAAUCAAGAAAUUCGUGCUGACGGAGGGCUAUGAAGAGCUUACCAUUCCCAGAUUGCAACUCGCCUUCAUCGAGAAAUUUGCAUGGAACAGCCAACAUGGAGCCGACCUCCCCGAAAUCUAUGUCCAAGACCCAAUCUCUGGUGUCAGACACGAAUUGGAAGAUCUUUCAGACGUCAAAGACAGAAGCGUCCUUGUCCUCAACGUCGAAGCUCUUGAUGAAGUGAAAAAGCACAUUGACGAUGGAUUGGGAGGGCUUCAGAAGAAUCUGGAAGGGGUUCGGUCUCUCCUGGAAGGACAGAGUACCAUGAUGCAACGAUUUGCAGAUCGGCAAUUGGAAACCUCCAAGGAAAUGGCUCGAAUGUCUGCUUUACCCAGCCAGCAUCCAUCAAGAGCUCCAACAUUAGCUCCGGGGAAUUUCGCGCCUUCGGCGGCGUCCGACUCCACGGUGCAAGAGAUCCAAAGUCUUCGACGCGAAAUUGCGGUGCUGCGCCAGACUUAUUCGACCUUGUCUUCAGAUUUCACGGCAGCAAUGAAUGACAUCAAGGCCAAAGCCGCUAACGUGAAGGCCGUUGCGGCAGAGGCUGUCAACGCCUCAUAUAAAGGUGAUGCCGGUCGUGUACGCAUCAAUGAGGGCAAGAAAACGCUCUCUGACGACUCGGAGACUCUCGUUAAUCGCGUCGAUGAUCUUUCUGACAUAGUGGAGGAGCUGCGCAAGGACGUGGUGGCGAGAGGUGUCAGACCGUUACCGCGACAACUUGAAGAUAUAAGCAAGGAGAUCAGUUCCACUGCCAAACAGUUGGCCAAGGUUAAAGAUUUUGUCAAACGUGAAAAACCAAUCUGGACCAAGAUUUGGGAGCAAGAACUUCAAGUUGUCAUGACGGAAAGGGACGACUUGACGCAGCAAGAUGAAUUGAUGAAUGAUCUUGAUGGUGACCUCGAGGACAUAACAAAUGUUUUCAAACUCGUCGAAGAAGCCACGAGGCAGCAGAAUCUUCAAAGUUCCCACGCUGGCGGCCGCAAUGCUUCAAGAAAUCUUGCAUUCGACACUGAUGUCGACCCACAUGAAGCAAAGAAUGGCAUGCUGGAUGAAGUCCGCGCGUUGCAGCCAAAUCAUGAGAGUCGACUCGAGGCCAUCGAACGAGCCGAAAAAGUUCGUCAACGCGAACUGGAGAGCCGGAAAGUAGGGGAGUUCCAACGGGAAGUGGAAAAGUUUGUGGAAGAAGGCAAGCUGAAGAAAACCGGGGGAAUGGAUGAAGUUGAACGAAGACGGAAGUUGAAGGAUGAACAGGCUCGCAAAGAGAAUUGGGAACGUCAACAACUUAGAGCCGCCGAGCUAGAAAGGAAAAGAGCGGAAGAGGCGGCAGCGGCAGCGGCAGCAGCUUCAGCGGAAACCAAUGGAGCCGUCCAGAAGUCAGAACAUGAUACGUCGCAAGAGACAAACGAGCAAAAUGAGCAUUCACCCGACGGAGUUGCAUCGCCAAACCCACCUCCGCCACCCAUGAAAGACGGUGUGGGCGAAUCACCGGCUCCGCAAUUACCAGAGGUCACCGUGAAUGAGGGCGAGAAGGGACUCGGUAUGUCAUUUCUACAUGAUUGA